CCAUAGUAGAUUUCAGUCGGAGGCAGCAUCUCGGCAAAGACUGGUUCAGAUAUCCGCAGUACCAUCAACCAAAGCUUCCCGUAGCCUAAAAUGCGGAAGGACACUUAACAUCAGACCUCGACUGAAACAUAUUCAAAGGAUUUACAGACCGUUUUAUGGAAGCCGAGGCUGCUGUUGUAAUGCUGCCUCCCAAGAACUGCAUCCCCAGAAACUACAGUUGUAUAGCCGGGCUGUUCGGAAGCUUGACAGCAUCAGAGCAAAACCUGGAGGACGGAGAAGAAGAGAUGGAGGGAGAGGAAAGCAAGAAUGGAGACUGCGAAUCGUUAGAAACCAGCGUAGUGAAUGAAAAACCGAGAGGAAGGGAGUCAUUCACGAAGCCCCCGUGUAGCCCGACCCUGCGCCGCAGGUGCAAGUCUCUCCCCACAUCGGCUGAAAGAGCCAAAUUAGAGAUCGCACGAACCCAGAGCCCAAGCAAUCAAAAAAGGGUACGUUUUGCAGACUCUCUGGGCCUGGACCUGAUUUCUAUCAAACACUUUGAUGACACGGUUAUGCCUGAGGUACCAGACCGCAUUAUUGACAAAUUCAAGAAAGCCAGAGCGCUCCACUUGAACAAUUUCGACAAGUCCAACACAUCAAGCCAGUCCGUGUUUAUGGAGCUGCUCUUCACAAAUCCAGGAUCCCUGCCGGACUUCCUUGACAGAGUUAUAGCAGCGAAGGUUUUACUGGAGUCUGUACAGGCUGAUGAGUGCAGCCUCUCGGGGACCGCGCGGGUUCUCAACUUGGCUUUCGAAAAAAGGGUCUAUCUGAGGUACACCUUAAAUAACUGGACGACAUUCAUGGAUAUACUUGCGUCCUACGUCCCCCAUUCCAGCGACGGUCAGACUGACAAGUUUAGCUUCAAAAUCAUCACUCCGACCUUUCUGGAGUUUGGCGGAACACUGCAGUUUGCCAUCAAGUACUGUGUCGAGGGAGGUGAAUUUUGGGACAACAACAAUGGGAAUAACUACAGAGUAAGGCGACACAGAUUUAAAAUUUCUCCUCCAAGGGAAUGGGAGAACGGAUGGAUCCAUUUUAUUUAGUGCGCGCAUCAGCCGUUCUGCUACGACGAAGCUUGCUCAUGAAUAUUAAUUUCGUGACUUCCAUUGACGGAUUGGCUAAGUAAUAAUCAUUAGUCAAGGUUUCGCCAUAGUAGGAUUAGGAAUCUCUCCAGCAGUGUACCAUGAAGGAACUACUGACCUUCCAUGAAAAACGUAUGUAGCAUACCACAUAUUCGUAAAUGUAACACCGUUGUCUGUGUUCUUGUCAUUGCGUAACCAAUGGUAGAAAAUAGGAAAUUAAAUUGACGUCACAGAGGCAACCACUAAUUGACAAAUAUAACAUUAGGCAUAUUGUUCUCUUGAUUUUGAUUGUUUAGCUGCUGUACAUGGGAGACAAGACCCUGUCCUGCAUUCAUUAAAAUGAGCAGCACCAUUUUAAUGAAGCCAGUUUACAUUUAGUUUUUACGCAUGUGCUGUAAUAGGAUAUUGUGUAAUAAUUACAUAAUCCACGGUGAGCCUGUUACUCGUCGGUUGUGCAUAAGCAUCACUUGUGCUUGUUUUACGUAAGAUUGUAGCUAAGGGUUUCGGCUAACAUUACCUCUGAGGGAGAUUUUGAUACAAUAAUAAAUCAAACCUUUUAGAAGAGGCUAUACCUUGUAUCCAUGAAAAACCAGUUCUGGUCCGUGACCAGUUCUGCUCUGCCUGCUGCAUGCAGGUCUUGAAAUAACUGCCUCUUGAGGCCAGGGGAAUUAUCAGGGGAAUAAGGAUGACCUGCGCAGCUCUUACAGAGACAGAGCAAAAAUGAAUUUGCUGAGCCGCCAAGGUGUCUUGCUUUAGCAAUCCAUGUGCAGCAAGUAAAUAUUGCAUACAUUUUCAUGUAGGCUGUCGACUACUUAGUGUUUUACUUUUAAAUUAGUCAAAAAAAAUAUUUUAAAAUAUAUAAUAGUUGGGAUUGUCCACUCAAAAAUGAAAAUUCUCUCACCAUUCACACACCCUCAUGUCAUCCCAAAUGUUUGUUUAGAUGGACACAAACAUUUUUAAGAAAAAUAUUACAUCUUUUACACAUUAACAAAAGGGUAAUUUUGGGGGUGGGCUAUCCCUUUAAUGCCUGACAUCUAAAAUGCAGAUGUGUUUCCAGCUUCUCACAAUCCAGUCGUUAACUGAUUGAUAAAAUCACUCUGAAAUGUCUCAAUAUGACAGCAGAGUCAUUCAUAACUUCUGUUUCAGAAAAUUAUUUUUAUUAAAUCCUCAAUUCAACAAAAUUUUGUAUACAUCUAAACCAAAUACAUUUUAAUAAUUACUAUUAAGCAUGUAUUUAAUCAUUUAUAGUUGAUAUGUAAUUAUUGAGUACGGUAUUUUAUUGUAUGAUGGUCAUGCUUAAUUUUUAAUUUUUACAGUGUUCAUUUCAUUUAAUAAUUUUUGACUUUUCAAUGCAUUUAAAUCACACCCUUCCUCCAUCAGCA